CCCCUCCUCGCUCCCCCUCCCGCACCGCGGACCCGCUCUCACUCUCGCGAGAACCACGCCGGCUAUAAAGGCAGCGGGGCGAGCCCACGCGCGCGUUUCGGGACGCUUCUUCCUGUCGGAUCGGUUUUGCCAUUUCUGCCUCCGGCCCGCUGAUAGCAAGAUGUCUUCAGGAAAUGCCAAAAUCGGGCACCCUGCCCCCAACUUCAAAGCCACAGCUGUUUUGCCAGAUGGUCAGUUCAAAGAUAUCAGCCUAGCUGACUACAAAGGAAAAUAUGUGGUGUUCUUCUUUUACCCUCUUGACUUUACCUUUGUGUGCCCCACGGAGAUCAUUGCUUUCAGCGAUAGGGCAGAAGAAUUUAAGAAACUCAACUGCCAAGUGAUUGGUGCUUCUGUGGAUUCUCACUUCUGUCACCUGGCAUGGAUCAACACACCCAGGAAGCAAGGAGGACUGGGACCCAUGAACAUUCCUUUGGUGUCAGAUCCCAAGCGCACCAUUGCUCAGGACUAUGGGGUCUUAAAGGCUGAUGAAGGCAUCUCAUUCAGGGGCCUCUUUAUCAUUGAUGAUAAAGGUAUCCUUCGCCAGAUCACUGUGAACGACCUUCCUGUUGGCCGCUCUGUGGAUGAGACUCUGAGACUAGUUCAGGCUUUCCAGUUCACUGACAAACAUGGGGAAGUGUGCCCAGCUGGCUGGAAACCUGGCAGUGACACCAUCAAGCCUGAUGUUCAGAAGAGCAAAGAAUAUUUCUCUAAGCAGAAGUGAGCAUGGGGUCAUUAUACGGUCAUGUGGCAAUGUACAGCCAUGAGAACAGAACCUCUCUUCUACUAUUGUCAUGCUUAAAACAAGAUUUUAGACUUAGCCCAGAUGUGGCCUUUCCUGUAGGGCUUGGGGAGGGUCAGCCAUACUUCUCUGGAGGAAAUUAUCUCAUGUGAACAGUAGUGGGACAUCACCUUUUGAUCUUUUGUAGUUUCUAUUAAACUUGAACUGAGA